AUGAAGAAGAAGGAAAAGAAACAAAACCAUCAUCGGGAAGAAGAGCACCAGCAGAAAGAAGAAGAAGAAGAAGAAGAAGAAGAAGAACAAAGCGCGACGAUGCGGUUCGAGGAAAAGCUGAACGAAAUUCGAGGCUUUUCUGCGGAGGAAUUGAACGCGUGCGUGAAAGUUUUACAACGCGUCGCACCGGCCAAGAAUACCGCGAAGUACGACGAGAAGACGUUAGAAGAAGAGGAGAAGGAAGAAGAAGAAGAGGAAGAAGGAGAAAGGAAACCGCGAGAAGGAGAUGAAAGUGAGUGCGCUGCUUUUACCGAGAAGACGUCGUCGUCUUUAAAGUCAAAGUCGUUUAAAACCGUUCUGGAACUGAAACAACACAAGCGCUUGCGGACGUCGCUCUUACCGCUCGUGGAGUAUUUCACCGCGAAACUGUACCGAGGACAAGACCCGAAGGAAUAUCGCGAGCGAACGCAAUCCAAGAGGGCGAAAAACGAUCGAAACCAGAGAAUGAGAGCGAUGGAUCGAGACGCGGUGGCGAAAACAAAACUGAGAGAAGAACGGAUGAGAAAAUUGAGACGGUUGGAGGAGACGAAUUUUAACAACGACGCCUCGGAAGAGGCGGAGGUGUUGGAGUGGAAGAGAGAGACGGACGACGCGGGGAAGCGCGCUUUAGGAAACGGCACCGAGGAUGGUGGCGCCUGCGCGAUAGAAGAGAAGGAAAAGGAAAAGAAACAAAAACAGCUAAAAUCCAGCAUGUUAGUACCCGACGGCGUCGUCGAGGAGGAAGACGUGGAGAACAUCAUGGACGACGACGAAAAACGAGCGACCGCGCAGAAUACGCUACACAAUCCAAACGCGUGUUACUGUUGCAAAAAACGUUUCACCGAAGUGCACCAUUUUUACGCCUCCAUGUGUCCAUCCUGCGCGGAGGAAAACUAUUUUCGACGACAUUUUACGUGCGACAUGAGAGGAAGAUAUUGCAUAGUCACCGGAGCGAGAGUUAAAAUAGGAUUCCGGGUCGCUUUGAAAUUGCUCAAAGCGGGAGCGUUCGUCGUCGCGACGACGAGGUUCCCGGAAGAUGCUCGAGAGCGGUUUAAGAGAACAGACGAGGAGUUGUUGAGAAAACAAAAGCAGAAAGAAUCGUUCAUGAGUCGAUUGAAAAUCGUCGCCAUGGAUUUGCGAGACUUACCGGCGCUCGAAAAACUGUGCGAGAAACUAAAUAAAGAGCUCCCAAGAUUAGACGUCAUCGUAAACAACGCGUGUCAAACCGUUCGGAGACCGCCGACGUACUAUAAACAUUUACUGAAGGGUGAGUUGGUAAAAAAGAAGGAACGUCGCGAAAAGCGAAGAAUGAUUGGAAACGGGGGAGGAGAAGGAGAAAAUGACAACUUACUUUUAACAACCACUACUACUGAUGAUACCAAUAAUGACGACGACGACGACGAAUGGACGGUGCCUACGUCUGUGUUGCAAUCGCAACUCGAAGUUCUCGAAAAAGAUAAAGAGUAUGCCGCUGCCGACGAGACGUCGGCGAUGAUUACGACGACCGCAAAAACGAAAACAAACGCCGUCUUUCCGGAAAACGUCUUCGACGUCAACGGACAACAGGUCGAUUUGCGAACGCAGAAUUCGUGGACGAUGAAACUCGGGGAGAUCGAAACGCCGGAACUGCUCGAAGUGCUCGCGGUAAACGCCGCGGCGCCGUUCGUUUUGAAUGGCAAAUUACGCGCGCUCAUGAAACGCACGGCGAUGGAACUUCCGGUACCCUCGAAGACGAUAAAGACGAUGCAGGAAGAUGAAAAACGAUGCGCGUUUAUCGUAAACGUUUCCGCCAUGGAAGGUAAAUUCUACCGCUACAAAACUGCCAACCACCCGCACACGAACAUGGCCAAAGCCGCGUUGAACAUGAUGACCGCCACGUGCGCCAAGGAUUACAAAAAAGAUUUCAUAUACAUGACCUGCGUGGACACCGGAUGGAUAAACGACGAAAACCCUCUCCCAGUCGCCUCGAGAAUCGCUAAGGAACACAACUUCCAAACCCCCAUCGACGAAGAAGACGCGGCGGCGAGAGUCGUCGGCCCGAUUUUCGAAAGCGUCGCCGAAGACGAAGACGACGACGAAGAAGAAGAAAAAGAAGAGAAAGAAGAAGAAGAAGAACAAACCCGUGGUCGCGCGAAAUCAUCCUCGUCGCCUUUUCUCGCAGGGAGAAGAGGAGGAGGAGAAAGAAGGGAAGGAGGAAGAAAAAGAGUUUGGCCGCCAAAAUCUGGCGUCUUUCUCAAAGAUUUCAAAGAGAGCGAAUGGUAA